CCCCCUCCCCCACCGCACCAAACCCGAACCAAACGCCGUUUCGCUCUCCGUUCGCCCCAGCGCUAUUCUUCUUCGUCCGUCCCACCACAAUCGCUUCCUUUCUCCAUUCUCUCCUCCCCUCUCCGUUCUUGUUUCUUCCUCGACACGCAAGAACCCGUUUCGAUACUCUUCCUGGAGACGUUUUGAUUCUACGGUAUACACCGCAUCGUUCCCGUCUGACUGAGCCUCGCUCAACGGCUCGAAAGCCUCGUCGAAUUUGCCAACCAUAUUCCUCCGAUUUAAUCGGCCCUACUUCUAUCGAGAAACGAUAUCUAUCUGGUUGGAAUUGCGAAACCCCGGUGCGGAGAGGCCCCGAAGCCUCCAGUCGAUUCCAAAAUGUCCGGAUACAAUGGCCGCCGCGCUCCCAACUUCUCCCAAUACUUGGAGGACUUGAACGCCAUUCCCUCGCCUUACGACCAGGCCAUCCAGCAGCAGCAACAGCAGCAGGACUCUUUCAACAUCGACUCCGAACUGUCCCUUUUCACCAAUGCCGAGUUCUUCGAUUUCGACAAGUUUGGAGAUUUGGGACUGCCUACGUUUGACUCGGUGGAUGAUGGCUCAAAGAAGGACACCAACAACAAGACUGCGGAGCAGAAUGCCGAUAUGAAGUUCUUGGACCUCCUCAAUGAUGGUCUUGGCAACAUGACCGAAUACCCACCUUCCGAGUUCAAUAUUGGAAAUGCGCAGCCCAUGCACAUGCAAAAUGCUCCCUUUGCGGGUCUCCCAUCGAUUCCCAGCGGGCCCAUCAAUGCCAACCCAGCUGCGAACCAGUCGUCCCCGAUUGCGGCACCUCAAUCCGCUGCGCCCACGCCGGCAAGCUCCAACAGCGCUCCGACCCCCAUGCCUGCUCCGGCUCCUAAGCGCAGGCAAUCGUCCAAGGCGAGCCCCCUGGAUGUGGAGGAAGUGUCCAAGAUCGCAGCGGAAGAGGACAAGCGUCGUCGCAACACGGCCGCCAGCGCCCGUUUCCGUGUGAAAAAGAAGAUGCGCGAGCAAAGCCUCGAGAAGACCGUCAAGGAAACGACCGACAAGAACAACGCCCUCGAGGCCCGUGUCACCCAGUUGGAGCUGGAGAACUCGUGGCUGAAGAACCUGAUCACCGAGAAGAACGGCUCGCUGUCGCUUCAGGGAAAGAAGUCCGAGUCGGACAUUGCCGACAUGUUCAAGCGAUUUUUGGCUUCUCAGAAGACAGCCAGCGACCGUAGUUCCUCCGAGUCCAAGAUCGGCGUUGGCACCAGUAUUUGAUGAUUUAGAACAAAGUUUUGUUUCUGUUUACGUUUGCGUUCCAUGGUUUUCUUAUUAAUUACAUGACACCCUUGUUUUCGUGUGUAUAUUUUGACUUGGUUUAUUCUUUCCCUAGGGGAAGUGCGGAUGGCGUCUGUGGAUAGGGGUUGGGGGUUGG